AUGCUCUCUCAGAAUAACUGGCAGUCCCUCGUACUCUUUGUAGCCUCGCUCCCUUUAGCCUAUUGUCUCACUUACCAUGGCGCGGACUACUCGUCUUUGGUCAACCUCGAAAAUUCGGGAAUCACGUAUAAGGAUUCUGGGACUAGUGAAAAGUUUGACACAAUUCUCGCCAAUCAAGGUGUCAACCUGGCCCGAAUUCGUAUAUGGACAAGUACCAACGACGCCGACUACAGCUUGGACUACGGGUUAGCACUCGCUAAGAGAGCUGUUGCUGCUGGAAUGUCCCUCUUGAUCGAUCUUCAUUAUUCAGACACCUGGGCCGAUCCCGAAGAUCAAGCUACUCCCUCUUCCUGGCCUACCGACUUGGACGGUUUGAAUACCGAAAUUUAUGACUACACCAAUAGUCUAGUGACAUCAUUCGCCGACCAAGGAACUCCAAUCGACUUUUUGCAGAUUGGGAAUGAAAUAAACAGCGGCAUCCUGUUUCCCACAGGUGAAAUUUCAGUCAACGGGUAUUCGCCGUUAUCCCAGCUCUUGCAUUCGGCGGCCAAUGGGGCUCACGACGCUUCUGAUACUGUCAAAAUUGUCGUCCAUCUCGCCAACGGCUGGGAUGGCUCUGCUAUGAGUUCCUUCUAUGAGCAGAUCUUCAUCCAAGGUGAAUUUGCUACGACCGACUUCGACGUCAUGGGCUUUUCGUUUUAUCCAUUCUAUGACGCGGCUGCCACAUACUCUGCUCUGCAAUCAAGUUUGGAUAAUCUUGUUGCGACAUACGGCAAGGAUGUGAUGGUGGUGGAGACUGACUGGCCAAGUUCGGGAUCAUGUUCUGGCGUAACGCUUUCAGAAGAUUUCGCGAUCUCAACUUCAGGGCAGGAAUCUUGGGUAUCCGGCAUAACUGAAAUACUGGCUGGCUUGUCAGAUGGUCAUGGACUGGGUGUUGUAUAUUGGGAACCUGGAUGGAUUGGGAACGACGUUGUUGACGAUUCGGGAAAUACUCUGGCAUCAGUCGACUUGUUUUCUGCCGACAUGUAG